AAAGGGUAUUUCAACAUUUCAGUCGACAUAGCACUUCCGUUCGUGGUAUUCUGGCGUUUUGCCAAACCUCUCCUCGCUCCCUUUCUUAAUCCGAUGGAAGAUAUUCAACAAAAACCAAGGAUAAUAGUCAGUUGGGGUAAAGAAAGAAUAUAUAUAGAUUUUGAAGAGAAUGGAGCAGGAUCCCUAGAGAAAACAACCCUAAAACAAUUAAAAGAACGCCUGAAGAAUAUUACAGGCGUGCCAGUGAAUGGACAAAAACUACUGUUUUCGGGAGCUAUGAUGAAAGAUGAGACGGCGGCCUUGGCAUCAUUUGGAUUACACCCAUCCUCUAAAGUGUUGUUAUUGGGAACAAGGCCCAACGCCAGGGAUUUGGCUCAAACAACAAAUGGAUCACCUGAAGAACACGCGCUUAUAACACGCAUUUCUUUAUCUGUUGAAAAAACAAACGCAACAUUGAUCUCACAAAUUGAGUCAUUUGAAUCAUCAGUGGCAAUAUACCUCUCGUCAACCGACCAUGAUCUCGCAACUAGGUCGAAACUGAUGGACACGCAUCAUUUUAUCAUUGAAACUUUAAUGCAGUCUCUUCUUACCCUAGACUCUGUAGUAUGCCCACCGGAAUUUGAGACUGCCAGACAAAAACGAAAAGAGGCGGUCAAAUAUACACAGGGAUUGAUUGAUCGAGUGGAUGUAGUAAAAGAACAGUUGACCCAAUUCCAACUUCAGAAUCCUCCUUUUAAUUGA